AUGAAGAUUAUACCCACUGUGGACUUGGACAUUCAUUUGCACUUUAUUGAUGAUUGCACAUCCGCCGAUGGAAUAGAGAACGGUAGUCUCACAACUGUUACGGCACAUCCCUACGUCGUCUCUCUACAAGGAACCGAUGGAACACGCGCCUGCGGAGGUGCUUUAAUCGAUUCGAAAACCGUUGUCACUGCUGAUCAGGAAAACAAAGCUUGCAACGCUCUACCUGGAAGCCCUUUGGUAUCCAACAAUCAAUUAGUUGGUUUGGCCUCCUGGGGCUAUGGCUGUGACAACAGUGCAAAUCGAGCUGUUUUCACCAACAUCGUUGUAGUGAAAUCAUGGAUUAAAAAAACUCCCACUCCUCCUCCGUACAAUCCCCUAGGAUCAGCAGCUUGUCAAGCCUUUUCGGUGAAAGUCGGUUGCGAGGUUUUGUCACAGUACUUCCAGCUUUAG